GCAAAGAUACUAGCAGACAUUAAAGAUUAGCAAUUCCAGCUGCUAUAAAUUUGAAGACAUUUUGGAAACGUUAGCCUGUAGUACCAGAAAGCGAAACGUAGAGGAAUCUUGUGGCAUACAUUUUUCUGGACUGUAGUCUACGUCACUAGAUAUAGUAACUGGAAUUCUACUGAGCCGACUGAAAGAAGGAUUCGAUUUACUCAGCUGAUACUGGAUUCUUGGACAAGUUUUGACUCUAUUUCUAUUGGCACUCACUUCUGGAGUUUGUGAUUAGAGGGAGUUCUAGUCUUUGGCAACACUGCACAAGCCUGUACAACUAGCGAUUCACCAAGUAUCCCUAAUUGCUGCUUCUCCUCUCCAAAGGCAAUGUCAUCUGUAAAAAUUGAAUGUGUUGUGCAAGAGAACUGCAAGAUUGGAGAAUCACCUGUAUGGGAGGAAAAGGAAAAUUCUCUUGUCUUUGUGGACAUAACUGGUAAAAAGGUCCAUCGAUGGAAUUCCCUUACUAAGGAAGUGCAAAGUGUUACUGUGGAUGCUCCAGUGAGCUCGGUAUCUCUUCGCAAAUCCGGUGAUUAUGUUAUUACCCUGGGAACCCAGUUCGCUGCUUUAAACUGGAAAAAGAAGUCUGUAACCACCAUUACCCAUGUUGACAUGGAUAAAUCCAAUAACCGGUUCAAUGAUGGAAAAGUGGAUCCUGCAGGAAGACUGUUUGCAGGUACAAUGGCUGAGGAGAUUCGGCCAGCAGUGUUAGAGAGGCACCAAGGUUCUCUCUACACUCUGUUCCCUGAUCAUUCUGUAGUGAAACACUUUGACAAGGUGGACAUCUCCAAUGGUCUGGAUUGGUCGUUAGAUCACAGAACGUUCUUUUACAUCGAUAGCCUUUCAUACUGCGUGGAUGCCUUUGACUAUGACCUUCAAACCGGAAAGCUUUCCAACCGCAGGAAUAUGUACAAGUUGGAAAAAGAAGAGAGCAUCCCUGAUGGGAUGUGUAUUGACACAGAAGGGAAGCUCUGGGUUGCCUGUUAUGAUGGAGGAAGAGUCAUCCGUAUAGACCCUGAGACCGGAAAACGAAUCCAGACAGUGAAACUUCCUGUUGAUAAAACGACCUCCUGCAGUUUUGGUGGAAAUGAUUAUUCUGCAUUGUAUGUCACAUCUGCUUGCCAAGGAAUGGAUGAGGCCUGGCUGUCACGGCAGCCACAGGCCGGUGGCAUUUUCAAGAUAACUGGACUCGGUGUGAAAGGAAUCCCACCACAUUCAUAUGCAGGUUAAUGAUUACUCCUGAAGACAAGAUCAUGAAAGAAAAAAAAUGUGAAAUGUAUGCAUGACUGGAAAUCUAUCAAUCUUUUCUUAGAGGCUACAGUGGGGUCGCAGAUAUGAGAAGUAGAACUAAAUAAACAUCAGAUUUGUAAUUUGCCGAAUUAGCAUUUUUACUGUUACCAACUUGAAAAACAGAAAUGUUUCUUUAAUAAAAAAACCCCCAAAACCUCUCCUAAUAAAGUUUGAAAUCUAUGAA